ACAAAAAUAGCUUUAAAGCCGGACGGACGGAGGCAGGGCGGGGCAGCCCACUAGUUGAACUGCACCGCACCACUCCCGAACUCAUCAGAUACCCUCCUCCUCACUCAUCGUCGGCCUAUCGUCCGUCCUAGAGAGAGAGGGAGAGGGAAGGGGUGAAAAAGGUGUGAGCAGAUUGUUGAUAGAUAGAGGGGGGGAGAGAGAGAAAAGAGGGGGAUAUCGCAGCAGCAGCCGCAGCAGCGGGCAGAAAGAAAGACCCAAACGAGUGAGAGAGAGCGCCACGAAAGCUUAGAAGAAGAGAGAUCCACCUCGAAGUAACCCCCCUCCCUCCCUCCCCAUCCUCUCCUUCCUCCCCACGCCCUCCUCCCAGCGCGAGAGCACGCCGCUGCUGCCAGCGGACGACUGCGGCCAAGGCGGCGAAUUGCUCUGCUCCGCUCCGCUCCGGGCCGGGCCGCGAGGAUGAGGGAGGAGGAGGAGCCCAGCUGGUUCGCGCGCUUCGACGAGGACCUGCCGGCGCCCGACGAGCUCAUGCCGCUCUCGCAGUCGCUCAUCACCCGCGAUCUCGCCGCCGCCUUCGACAUCCCCACCACGCACGGCGGGGGCGGCCCGCUCAGCGGCGGCGCCGACGGGGCCGGCGGCGCGGGCGGCCAGGAGAUGAACGGCGGCGCGUCCUCGGCCGCCGGCUCCAGCGGCGGCAACGGGGGCGGCAACGGCGAGGAGCCGGCCAGGACCCUCAAGCGGCCGCGCCUCGUGUGGACGCCGCAGCUGCACAAGCGCUUCGUUGAUGCCGUGGCGCACCUCGGCAUCAAGAACGCCGUGCCCAAGACCAUAAUGCAGCUGAUGAGCGUGGACGGCCUCACGCGCGAGAACGUCGCGUCCCACCUCCAGAAGUACCGCCUCUACCUCAAGCGCAUGCAGGGGCUCGGCAACGGCGGUGGCGGCGGGGGAGGCAGCCACUCCUCCGGCUCCGGGACCGACGCAGCCACCGAGCACCUCUUCGCCACCGGGCCCUCCCCGUUCCUCCCGCCCGGCCGCGGCCCGGCCGUCGCCGACCCCUACACCCCCUACGCCGCCAUGCCGUCCCACCCCGCGGCGCACCACCAUCACCACCACCCGCAGCAGAUCGGCCACUUCCACCACCCCGCCGCGCGCCCGUUCGGCCACUACGGCGCCGGGCCAGGCGGCGGCUUCGACCACGGCUUCCUGAGCCGCGCCGUGGCCAGCGGCGCGCCAGUCGGCCCGCCCGGGAUGCACCACCGCAUGGUCGGCGGCGGGGCCGCGAUGGGGAUGAUGGCGCCGUCGUCCUUCGCCGAGGAGCUGGAGCUAGGGUCCCGCGGCGGCGGCGGCGGCGGCGGGCGCCGGGAGCUGACGCUGUUCCCGACCUCCGGCGAGCACUGAGCGUCGACAUCGACGGUGACCGGCAUCGAAUGGCGUCCGUCCGUCCGUCCUCCUCGGGUAUAUAAAAUUCGUUUUCCCCUCUGCCGCCGCCGCUACUUCCCACAGAUCGGCAUGGAAUCCCAGCAAGAUUCACCGCAUCGUCAUAUCAUAGAAGGCCAAGAAUUCUUGGGAAUUAGCGCUCCGCCACCCACCCAUCCAUCCAUCCAAUCCAUCCAUAUUUUCUAUCUCUCUCUCUCUCUCUCUUGGCCAGUGCUUCUGUUCUGUUCUUGUGUUGCGGAUAUUUGUCAUUGCUGUUCCCGUUCUCUCCUUGUUCUUUGCUGUUGAUGACAUAAAAGCUUAGCCCUAGAGACAAUUAUUUUAGACGGUAAAAAAGUUGUGAAAAUUUGGUGCCUGCUAGUAA